AUGUCUGAAUCUGAAUCUGAUGUGGAUGAUGAUAAUUUGGUAGAAGAAGAUGACGAUGCUGAUGAUGAUAUUGUGUCGGAAGAAAGAAUUGAUCAGGAUAAGCCUACAUUAUCCAGUGGUUCAUCAAAACGUGAUGAUGGUGAGUCAUGCAGUUUAACCGUACGUGGUGAUGAGAAGAAAUAUGAAGGAUAUCAGAAAUGA